AUGGGUAAUGUUUUUGAUGGUUCAUCAUAUGGUUCACACGGAGGAUCUGGUACAGUUUUCGAGACACCCACGCAGGCUCUGUUAUCUUUCUCCUUCAAGUUAGAUUUUGAAUGCAGCAACAAUGUAGCUGAAUACAAAGCGUUAAUUUUGGGACUGCGUAUGGCGGAGGAACUUAAUUUAGGGGAAAUAGACAUAAAAGUCAAAGCUGGUCACGAACCAGAUAUCAUGAGACUUUCAGCAGCCCUAGCAUCAAAGAUGCAAUUGAACGAAGCGGAUGAAGGAACAGUGGUGGUAAAGAAAAGAGCGUUACCAAGCACAUGGAAAGAAGACGCGGCGUUCGAGCAAAAGGAUGAUUGGAGAGUAUCUUAUAUUGAGGAUCUUACCAAGGAAUCGGAUGACCAGCUUCUGUCUACUAAAAUACUAAAGCAAUUUGUCAUAAUAAGAGGAGCAUUAUAUUUUCGAACACCCGAAGGAUCCUUAUCACGUUGCGUAGGGAAGCUAAAGGCACAAGAACUUUUGAACCGCUUCCACGAAGAAUCUUGCAGACAGACAUGGGGAAUUCCAUUAUAUCGUCGUUUGCAGAGGAUGGGUGUAUACUCUCCGAACAUGGCAGUUCAAGCGGCGGUAAUACAGGAUAAAUGCGAAGAUUUUCAAGCGCCUCUGAAAAAAAUGGAGAUGGGGACUCGACAUCAUUGGACAGAUAAGUCCAACUUCAUCCGGACGCAUAAAUAUAUCAUCACUGCCACCGAGUACUCUUCAAAAUGGGUAGAAGCCAUUCCACUCCGAGAUUAUUCAGGAACUACAAUCGCGACAUUUAUUAAAGAACAUAUUAUAUGUCAUUUCGAUGCACUAAUGGUCAUCCGCUCGGAUAAUGGUACCUCUUUUGUUAACCAGACUGUUAAGGAACUGUUAGAUCAGUGCGGUAUUAAUUUCCAUACUUCGACUGUCUAUUACCCUCAGGGGAAUGGACAGGCAGAGGCUACUAACAAAACAUUGUUGAAGAUAUUAAGCCGCAUGGUACAUGAUCACCAUAGAAUCUGGCAUGAGCAACUACCUCUUGCACUUUGGGCAUACCGCAUUUCCAAAAUAAGUUCAACCGGAGCCUCCCCUUAUUCCUUGGUAUACGGAGAAGAUUGCAUACUACCAGCGGAGAUCGCUAUUCCUUCUGCACGUGUAGCCAUGGCCAGUCUCACUACCCCGGACGAGGUUAUCCAUUUUCCUCACCUUGAUACUUUGGAGGAACGACGAGCUAAAGCUGAGCGAUUCGCAGACAAGUAUAGGCAAAGGACGGCAAGAUACUAUAGCCAGAAGGUGAAAGAACGAACUUUCUGCAUAAAUGACAUAGUCAUGAAGAUUGCCCCGCAUGUUCAACGAAAUGAAAAGGAAAGAAAGUUCGCCGCGAAUUGGGAAGGUCCUUACAUGAUUAGUGAAGCAGCAGAGAGCGGAUACUACUACCUCAAGCGGAUGAAUGGGUCAAGAAUAAAUACCCCUAUCAAUGGUAAAUGGCUUAAAACUUAUUAUGCAUAA